AUGAAGCCGUCAAAUAUCUUCAUCGCAGCAGCGGCUGUUCCCCAGUGUGCCAUCGCGCUCGCUGUACCUGCCUCAGACGCCGUCCACCUACAAUCGCGGUCGCAAUCACAAGAGCAGAGCUUUUGGGAGCGGUCAGGCUUUGAGGAGUUAUGGAAGAGAAAAGGUGGCGGUGGCGGCGGUGGUCGGGGAGGAGGUAGCUCUGGCAGUAGUAGUGGUUCCUCUGGUAGCAGCGGCUCCUCGGGCAGCAGUGGCUCCUCGGGCAGCAGCGGCUCUUCUAGUAGUAGUGCUUCGGGUGCAGGAAGAGGAAGUAGCUCGUCGAACUCCGGCGGGUCGACUACGACGGGCAGUGGAACGAAACCGUCCUACGGCACUGGUGGUGCUGCAUACAGUGGUGGCGCGAAAACACCCUACAGAGCAGGUAGUACCAGCGCCAGCGGCAUCGUUCCCGGUGUUUUCCUCGGUGGUGCCUUGGGCUUCUGGGGUGCGUAUUGGUUGGUUGGAGCCUACCAUUACCCGUACUACCAUCCCUACAACUACUACAACCACUCCUCCAACCGGAACGAGACCAAGCCCGUCGAAUGUCUGUGUCGCAUGAACGACGAGUGUGGAUGUGAUGACAACUCCAAUGACACUGAGUACAUGAGUACACUUAUCGGCGACGGCAAUUACAACAACCUAGACAAGAGUCGGGUUAACGUGGCAAACGACACCAUCUUCAUUAACGGUAGCUUGGCCAACGGUACGACCGCCUCUGGUGGUACCGAGAGCCCAGACUCCGCUGCUGCCGUUCUGCAGGUUGUUGGAUGGUGGCCUCUUGCUGCAACUGUCCUGGCACUUGCUUACGUCGCAUAA